AUGGGGUGCAAAUGCUGCAAAAUGAUACAAAGCUAUCUCCUGGAUCCUGUUCAAAUGCCCUCCCAUGGCUAUGUCAACGAAGUUAGCAGCUGCAAGAUAGACGAAGACAGCCCUGUGAAAAUAAAAGACAAGCAGGGCAGCAAGAUCCUGGUGCAUACAAGUGACCUGCAGAGCGAUGGCUCGCUGCGGGCUGAGAGCCACAGCAGGACAGAGGGUCUCCUGGAACCCGGCUGGCCUGCCCAAGGACCGCACCCCCAGGCGGACCCAGGAGGGGGACUGAGUGCCGAGAAGCCCUGUGGCACGGUCAAUGGCAUUAGCCCAGCUGGGAACCCUGCACCCCAGCAGGGUGACCAGGGCUCCUGGGCCCGCACUGCACACAACAGUCACCCCAAUCAACCCUUCCUGGAAAGCGGGGACACCAGGAAAGAGGACUGUGUGCCGGCAACCUCAGAGCAGACCCAGAUCAGCCAAACCGGAGACCCCGGAGUUGCAUCUCAGGCAGAAAGCCUGUCCCUGGGAGAACAAGGCCAUGUCCUCCAGAUGCCACCCCCGGACUACCCACAGCUUUGCAGUCCCAGUGCAGACGACAUGGACCUUAAUGAUGGGGGUUGUCUUUUCCUGAACCCCACUGAGGAUGAGCCACUGCAGGGAAGUGGAGUGCGCAGGUGGAAGGGGCUCUUCACCAUGGAGGGAAGCUGGGACUCAUUCAGUGAAGCCGUGGCCGUGGAAAAUCUAAGCAUAUGCCUGCAAGAGGAGGGCCCCACGUUUCCUGUGCCAACGCCUGACUCCGGCAGCGAGCAGGAAGACGCCCAUGGCUCCAUUGCAAACAGGGACUGGGAGAUGCUGGAUGAAGACGCAGCGGUGGCAGAAGCCCUGGCCGCUUUAGAAGCUGCCACUGCCGGGGAAGAUGAUGUGGAGGAGGCCAAUUAG